UUUGAGCAGCUGUUCUGCAUUUUGCUGGAAGUUGUUCUGCAUAGCGCCAGCGGCGCUACAGUGUCUUUGGUCUUAACCUCUUCACCACACAGGGCAGCAAGGAUCGUUUGUGUUGAAUUUGAAGGAUUUAAUCAUGACCGACUCUGUGAAGUUGAUUCUUGGCGACGUCUGCUGUGGGAUGCGAGACGCCGUUCUGGGGGCGCUCUUCAUCUUCCGCGUCGAUGCAGAGAUAAAUGCACUCGCCGAGGAGAGACGAAGGAAGAGAGAGGAGAAGAUGAGGGAAUCGCAGCGGAGACCGAUUCCCCUCAAAGAGAAAAAAGAAAGUGAGCCCAAAGUGAUGCAUCGCAUGUUGCAAUGUUGUCUGCUAAACGGCGGCGUAUUCUGGUUGAGCAUUGUUACAUUUAACAAUCUAGUACUACCGGCAUUACAGUUUGUCACGCAGAAGAUUAUAGGUAUAUCAGGUCAGUCGAUUUCCAACAGUACAGUAUGGGCGUGGGUUGGGCCAAUGAUGUCCUACACAUUCAGCGCACUCUGGGUUCUACCGCUUUUUGUCCUGAGCAAAGCCGUCAGCGGUCUAUGGUUCCAGGAUAUAGCCGACGCUGCAUAUCGCAAGUCACGUGGCCGUCCCCAGCUCCCUAAUCUGAGUGAACUGAUAGCAGAUUUGCUGUUCAGUCUUCUUAUACAAGCUCUCUUUCUCAUGCAGAGUAUGGUGGUGAGCCUUAUUCCAAUAGUUGGAGUGGGACAGUUCUUGAGUCUCUUGCAUCUAUGCCUACUCUACUCCUUAUAUGCCUUUGAAUACAAGUGGUUCAAUAUGGGUUGGAAGGUCCACCGACGUCUAGCCAUCAUUGAAUUUAACUGGCCGUACUUCUUUGGGUUCGGUCUCCCACUAGCUCUGCUCACGUCCUUGCCAUCGUCCUACCUCAUCCGUGGGUGUGUCUUUUCAAUACUCUUCCCGUUGUUCAUUAUCAGCGGCAACGAGGCAGCCACCCCCACCCAACCGUGCAGUUUUCCCCUUCACAUCUUCUCACUGGUCGUCGAGAUCGCCAACAAGAUGUUCCACAGGACUGUUAAGAGGCCAACAGCUGGCCGCUAAACAAGGGAGGACGGAGUGCCCUACUUGGUCAUCAGCUAAGGUUGCCACUCAAUCAUAUCGCCAGCUAAUACACUGACCCGCACUGAGUCCUGGUGGCUAGCUUGCCUAGCAGAAAUUUGAAUGGACUGAGCUGAGCUUUUUAUGGCAUUGCUGCCCCCGGAUAUGCAGUGAGGUGCCACCAUAUGCCACCACGUAAAUAGUGCCAUGUUAUUUGACGAAUCUGACUUACUAAUCCAGGGACAAAAAGUACCGAAGAUAAUGGUACAUUGACAGUUAAGGCAGUUUAAGCUUGUCUUCUGAGCUUUUGAAGUUGAAAGUGAGUAACUCUGAGAUUUGGCGAGUUUAUGUGAGAACCUGAUGUCAACUAAAAAGAUGUUUUGUGUGGCUUCCGUAGUUCCAUCAGAGAGGGCGUUCUUUUUCAUAUCAGUGACAUGGAAUGCUCACGACAUUAAUUCAUGUCUGGCCAUGCAGAACUACUGUAAAUCACCGCCUCAAAGGUCUUUGCACAUGCCAGAGAAAGAGAAAUAUUUAUGGCUGAGCCUAAGAAAUACACAAGAAUAAGUAUGGAAUUGUACUUCAGGGAGGUUUAAAUUUGGCUGGCCUCUGCCAGCAUGAUUUAUUGAGCACUCUAGCCUCAUUGCUUUUAGAGAGCUUAUGGGAAAAGAUUCACCGAGCUUGCUCAGGUGGGACUGGAACCCACGAUCCCUGCUGGCUAGUGCAUAUAUCAUUACCACUCUAUCAACUGGCUUGUCAGGGUCAGCUGGCCAAUUUGGAAUCCUGUGUAGCAGUUGAACCCCAAAUCACUGACUGCUUAUGUAAUUCUGCACUCGCAUAUUCUCUCUGCAAGGUAGUUUGGUCGCAGUUCAUUUCUCUCACAAUGUUGGUUUGUCGAACACCGACAGUGCUUGAAACUUCUGAGAAACAUUUCCUAGAAGAAGCUGUAGGUAUUUUUCUGAAUCUGGUCAUUCUUAUGUUUUCCCUACACAACAGACAUCUGACAGAUUCAGGACUGUUAAGUCGGUGUUUGUAAUUGUAGAUUGUAAUAUUUUUGCAAUCUUUUUUAUCCCCAUGCACUGAUUCUUGCCAGGAUUUAUGUAUUAAAAAACUUUAAAACCAUUUGCAGCAGUCAAGCGUUUGGCUUGGGAAAUGCAGUUUAUUAGCCUGUGAAGUUUAAUCAAUUCGCGCCGGUGGCAGUUAUCAAUGUGAUGAUGCUGGGACGGGAUUGUUAUCAUUUUUUUCCGUUUUCAAAAUUCUUU